CAUUGAACGGCACCGCAUCCGCCAUCGUCACCAACGCCGUGGAUCAGAAGCACAGUACAGCAAGCUCCCAGGUCCAAAACCCCCUCGUGCUGCGUCACCUACCAGCCACCAUGGCCGCGUCCUUCACGCCCGAGCCCUACGACGACGCCGAGGCAGCCGAGUGGCUCAUCUGCGUCGCCUGCGGGACGCAGUUCCCCACGAGCGACCGCUCGGCCGUGACUACGUGCCUCAUCUGCGACGACCCGCGGCAGUACGUCCCGCCGUCGGGCCAGGCCUUUACCACGCUCGCCGCGCUGCGCGCCUCGAACCACCGCAACGUCUUUACGCCCUACCAUCACCAGCAGCAGCAGCAGCAAAAGGGUCACGGCGCCGUCUCCCCGGCGGGCGAAAGCACGGCCGCCGCCGCCACCGCAGACAUCACAUUCGUGACCACGACGCCCAAGUUCGCCAUCGGGCAGCGCGCGGCGCUCGUGCGCACCCCCGCGGGGACCGUCCUGUGGGACUGCCUCACGCUGCUCGACGACGAGACGGUGCGGCGCGUGCGCGACGAGUUCGGCGGGCUGGCCGCCAUCGUCAUCAGCCACCCGCACUACUACUCGACGCACGUGCAGUGGGCGCGCGCGUUCGGCUGCCCCGUGUACGUGGCGGCCGAGGAUCGGGCGCGCUGGACGACGCUCCGCUCCGCGCACCAGGUGGACCUGACGGAGGAGGACACGGAGAUUGUGGUGCGGCGGCGGCAGAGUCGUCAUGGCGGCGCUGGUAGUAGUAGUAGCAGUGAUGAGCGCGGCGGCGAGGCAACUGAGGGAGCCGGAGGAGAAGGAGGAGGACAAGGCGAAGGAGAAGAGCUGCAGCUGGUGAGUACGGGCGCCCGCGCGCUCAAGCUCGGCGGCCACUUCCCCGGGUCCCUCGUGCUGCUCUUCCGGGAACGGCUCUUCAUCGCCGACACGCUGGUCACGACGCCCGCGGGGCUCGGCCGCUGGGACGUGGACAGCCUCGGCACGACUCGCGAGCAGCGGCGGCGGCGACCCUCGGGGCUCAACACGUACGCCUUCCUGUGGAGCAUCCCCAACGCGAUCCCGCUGGGCGUCGACGAGCUGGCGCGCAUGUGGGCGGUGCUGCGGCGGUACGAGUUUCGGGCCACGCACGGCGCGUUUGCCGGCAUGGACAUUGAGGAUGAUAGGGGUGAUGGUGAUGGUGCUGGCGGUGACGGUGAUGAGGGGAACCGCGUCAAGAGGCGCGUGCUGGAGAGCAUGCAGAUCCAGGCGAGGUUCAUGGGAUACGGGACGCAUGCCCUCAUGAGCGAGAGGGUGUAGGUACUUUUGGUCACGGCAGCAGCGAGAUGUUUGUGCCCAGAG